AUGGAUCGGUACGUGUUAGUUGUUUCUUUUAACCAAGAAGAGGAUAAAUGCGCGAAGGGUACGUUAACGAUACCUUUGUAGCGGACUCGGAUUUCGUGUUUUGCAAGCUACAGUAACUAGCAACUGUAGUAUGGAGCAGCAGAGCCUUCUAUAGUAGAGAUGCUGAUAAACAUACUAUGAGCAAUGGUGAGGUUUCUGUAAAUGCAAAUCAUAACUUCUUGAAUUAUUGUAAUCGUUUAUUUUACAGCAUUGGAGGCUGCCAAACAGAUGUAUGAUAAACUGGGGAAUAUCUCCAGUUGUAAUUCAACAAGGAGGGUUUCUCUGUUUCCAGGUAAGCCAAUGCAUUGUUUGUGUGUGUGUGUGUGUGUGUGUGUGUGUGUGUGUGUGUGUGUGUGUGUGUGUGUGUGUGUCAGGUGUCUUGCUUGCAGAAACUAUUGCAAUAUGUCUACCUGCUUUUACAUUUUUUCAAGGGGAAAGUAACAUUAGCUAAAUGUGAUUCCAUCAUCUUUCUCAUCUGCCUCCUAAGCCUGCUCUCUGAGUGGUGGUCCUGCCUCACAGAGGUGGUAUUUUGCUGUCCAGGCAUGUCAUGGGACAUCUCAGGUAUGUGUCAUGUCAAGGAAUGUCUUGUAUUAGUCAGGGGUGUCUUUCUGACCCUACUCUGACCUUCUUUGUGUUUACACUGGAGAUGUCUGCCCAUGUCCUGCACCGCAUGCAGCUUCUACUGUUGAACACAAAAUGUACAUUUACAUCAUUUAGCAGAUGCUCUUAUCCAGAGCGACUUACAAAUUGGUGCAUUCAACUUAUGAUAGCCAGUGGAACAACCACUUAUUUUUUAUGGGGGGGGGGGGGGGGGGGGGGGGUGGGUCAAUCAAACCAUUUCAUCAGUUAUACAUGACACAUUCAUCACAGUCUUCUGUUUUUUUUUUUUUGCGGUGGUCCUCAAACCUAUUCACCACAUUGACUGACUGUCAUCACCUUUCACCACAUUGACUGACUGUCAUCACCUUACACCACAUUGACUGACUGUCAUCACCGUUCAUCACAUUGACUGACUGUCAUCACCUUUCACCACAUUGACUGACUGUCAUCACCUUUCACCACAUUGACUGACUGUCAUCCUUCCUGUCUCUGUUUGUAGUUCUGCAGUGCAGAGUGGGAGGAGCUGGGUAGUUGUCAGAAGAAUGAUGACCAGGAGGAAAGCCCCAACACUAUGGAGGCCUGUCUCAGUACUCUGGAUGACCAGGAGGAGAAGACUGACCAGCCUGACCCACAGCUGACUGAGUAUGAGUGAUAUUCACUGGGCUCUACAGUGCGACCAUUAGACAUGCAUUUGCAACAAAAAAUAGAUGUGUGCGAACUGCAAAAGUGAAGUAUGAGCACGUCUGCGAGUAAAAUGUAUAGGUACGAAGAGACCAGAGAAUCAGUCUGUCAGACAUGCAAGUGUCACCGUUACCACGGUAACUUCCUGCCCUUAAAGGGGCAGCUGAACAUUUUUGUCUCGCCUAGGUGACUCAAAUAUUUGAGGGUACAUUGUGCUUGAUUUAGCAUAGAACACCCCAAAAACUUUUAGUCAUUUCUUAUCAUUAAAACACUUUUUCUCAAAUACCUUAAUUGUGCUCCUACAUUUAUUUUUGUGCUCCUAAAUGUUUCAACUUAGGAGCACAUGUGCUCCUUGUAAACAAUGUCAGCGUAGAGCCCUGAUUUAAUUCCCUUCCAAAUCUGUCCUCUGUUGUAUAUCCCAGCUCUGUGCUCCUCUAUAAUACUCAUUCAGCAGUAUUUUAAACAAACAUACAAAGUUUACCUUAUUUCCUCUUGAGAUGUUUUAGAACUUUCUGAAUAUCACAUUUCCUGGCUGUAUUGAAAUGUAUUGUCCGUUCAGAGGUGAAUGAAUGAAUAGUUGAUUAAUAAAGUUCUGAUUUGUGAUGACUGCAGGUUGUAUGAAGAGGCAGCAGAAGGACUACACCUUUUAUCAGACAGUCUUCCCCCUCCAGGUAACUCACUCCAUUCACCUUGGUUCAUUCUGCCAGACCGUGAAAAAUUUCUCUAUAUUAAUGUAUCUUAUCCAGGAGUUCUCCAUAUUUCCUACAUGCCUGGGCUUGUUUUGUGUUAGUUUACUAGGUGUUUUAUGGCUGACUCUGUUCCCCUCUGUUUCUCCUAGAUGUGAUAUUUGUGUUAGUUUACUAGGUGUUUUAUGGCUGACUCUGUUCCUCCUAGAUGUGAUAUUUGUGUUAGUUUACUAGGUGUUUUAUGGCUGACUGUUCCCCUCUAUUUCUCCUAGACGUGAUAUUUGUGUUAGUUUACUAUGUGUUUUAUGGCUGACUGUUCGCCUCUGUUUCUCCUAGAUGUGAUAUUUGUGUUAGUUUACUAGGUGUUUUAUGGCUGACUGUUCCCCUCUGAUUCUCCUAGAUGUGAUAUUUGUGUUAGUUUACUAGGUGUUUUAUGGCUGACGCUGUUCCCCUCUGUUUCUCCUAAAUGUGAUAUUUGUGUUAGUUUACUAGGUGUUUUAUGGCUGACUGUUCCUCCUCCAGGAAAAGCUCUGCUAGAUGUGAUAUUUCUGGGUGUUGCUGAAGAGGCUCCUAACCUGAAGGACUUCCUCCCUGUGAUUGGCUCAUUGAAACACAUGCAGGCAUGGCACUCAGCCAAGAUUACCAUAGUGACUGAACACCAAGCUGGGUAAGGACAAAGAACAAUUAUACAAAAUGAUGCAGAGCAGUUGUGCCUGUGUGAUUUCCAUUGUACCACUAGAGGGCAGCAUAGAGUUGUUGAAUGGCUAAAUACAUAGAUAAACUGAUGCCUAUCCUGCUUUACUUGUUCCUCCAGGUGGCAGAAGCCAGCCUCCAACCUGUCAGCCAGUAUAGUAGAUACCAGUGGCAUCAUGACCUGUAUUGAUGAGAGGGAGUUAUGGAGAGGAGGUGUUUCUCAUCGAGAGAGAAAAAGGUAAGAUUAUUUAGCCUAUCAGAAUGGUUUAUACAAUUAUUUUGACUGGUUUGUAUCCAUAUACUUGACAACUAGGGGGCGUAUGUUAGUAAAUCUGCAAAAUAAAGAGUAAAAAAAAACGCGAGGACAAGCAAGUUAGGUGUUAUUUAAAUAUUAAAAUAGUGAUGACGCAAGUGAAAGGAAAGUAGUGUAUUAAAUAUUACAAAUGAUGUAACAGUGCAUUGCGGGAGUAUUCGGAACGUAUUCAGAACAACGUUGACUUUUUCCCAAAUUUGGUUAUGUUGACAGGCCUUAUUCUAAAAUGGAAAAUAGAUUUUUUCACCCUCAUCAUAUCUACACCCCCACAAUACCCCAUAAUGACAAGGCCAAAAAAACAGGUUUUUAGAUUUUUUUUUUGCAAAUUUAAUUAAAAAUAUAAAAAACUAGAAAUAUCACAUUAGACAGUAUUCAGACCCGUUUACUCAGCACCUGUGGCAGAUGCUUACGCCUUGAGUCUUCUUGGGUAUGACGCUACAAGCUUGGCAUACCUGUAUUUGGGGAGUUUCUCCCAUUUAUUUUCUGCAAAUCCUCUCAAGCUCUGUCAAGUUGGAUGGGGAUCGUCGCUGCACAGCUAUUUUCAGGUUUCUCCAGAGAUGUUCGAUCAGAUUCAAGUCCGGGCUCUGGCUGGGCCACUCAAGGACAUUCAGAGACUUGUCCCGAAGCCACUCCUGCGUUGUCUUGGCUGUGUACAUAGGGUCGUUGUCCUGUUGGAAGUUGAACCUUUGCCCCAGUCUGAGUUACUGAGUGCUCUGGAGUAGGUUUUCAUCAAGGAUCUCUCUGCACUUUGCUCUGUUCAUCUUUGCCUCGAUCCUGACUAGUCUCCCAGUCCCUGCCAAUGAAAUACACCCCCACAGCAUGAUGCUGCCACCACCAUGCUUCACCGUAGGGAUGGUGCCAAGUUUCCUCCAGACGUGACGCUUGGCAUUCAGGCCAAAGAGUUCAAUCUUGGUUUCAUCAGACCAGAGAAUCUUGUUUCUAAUGGUCUGAGAGUCCUUUAGGUGCCUUUUGGCAAACUCCAAGCGGGCUGUCAUGUGCCUUUUACUGAGGAGUGGCUUCCACAGAGGAACUCUGGAGCUCUGUCAGAGUGACCAUCGGGUUCACCUCCCUGACCAAGGCCCUUCUCCCCUGAUUUCUCAGUUUGGCCGGGCAGCCAGCUCUAGGAAGAGUCUUGGUGGUUCCAAACUUAUUCCAUUUAAGAAGGAUGGAGGCCACAGUGUUCUUGGGGACCUUCAAUGUUGCAGAAAUUGUCUACGGACAAUUCCUUCGACCUCGUGGCUUGGUUUUUGCUCUGACAUGCACUGUCAACUGAAGACCUUAUAUAGACAGGUGUGUGCCUUUCCAUAUCAUGUCCAAUCAAUUUAAUUUACCACAGGUGGACUCCAAUCAAGUUGUAGAAACAUCUCAAGGAUGAUCAAUGGAAACAGGAUGCACCUGAGCUCAAUUUCGAGUCUCAUAGCCAAGGGUCUGAAUACUUAUGUAAAUAAGGUAUUUCUGUUUUUUAUAUUUAAUAAAUGUGCAAACAUUUCUAAACUUGUUUUAGCUUUGUCAUUAUGGGGUAUUGUGUGUACAUUGAUGGGGAAAAAUGUAAUUUAAUCCAUAACAAAAUGUGGAAAAAUGGAAGGGUCUGAAUACUUUCCGAAUGCACUGUAGAUUAUGCUGCCCUGGGAGAAUGUAUAGGGGUCAUGUGUGGGGCAGGGUGCUCAGUGUGUGCCAAGCCUAGGGCUGUAAUGAAGGGCUGCUCUGUCUGGAGGCCUUGCUGGGCCUGGGGUCAGGGGUUAAAGGUCUAAUGACUAAUCCAGAGCCCCCUGGCACACAGGACAACAGCCAGGGUUACUCAUCCCCUCACCCAGCCCCCUGACUGGGACACAGGGGGGCAUGAGAACCAACUGUGCCCGGCCCUGAACCCAAACCCCAGUCUCGACCGAUACUCUUAUGACUCAGCCAUUAAUGAUUGCAGAUCCGCCGUCUUGGUAAUGCUUGUACUCAGUGAGAGUUGAUAGACGUGUUGUGAAUUUAGCCUUUUUAAUGUUCUUUGAUUUAGAGUAUAUUUUUGCAAGUCAAGAUCACACAUUUAGAUCUAACUUUACAACACAACUUCAUCUCUAGAGUUUACUGUUUCCUUACAUCCUUCAGAAGACAUCAGCUCAGCUGUCACUGUUACAACGUAAUUAGGUUUAUCCAUAGGAAUAUAAAUUAAUUCCUUUGGGACAUUGACAGUGCUGUAGCUACAUUUGAGGACACUGAGGUCUGGACCUUGGUAAUUUUUUCUAAUUAAUAAAAUACUAAUGUAUUUUUUAGGAACUCAGUCGGGGUCUCAAUUUACUGUUGAGAGUUAGAAUAGUAGAAUACACAAGGUGCAAUUUCUUAACUUGGUAGUGCAUCAGAAGUUUUUGUUAUGUUUAAUGUCACUCACUGACAGUAACUCAAUUAGCCCAUGUCAGUUAAAAAUGUAUCUAUUUUUUUUAUUGGAAAGUUAGUCUAGCCAGCUAUCUAAACUUGUAGUAAUCAUGGCCAAAUUACCCACCGGACACGCAUGGAACGUGCCCAGGGGCCCUGACCUCCAGAUAGCCCCCCAUUUUAUUUUUCUAGUCACUCUCACUCAAAUAUCGUGUAAACAUGGCAAACUGUGUAGAAUUGCAGAAAAUGUGCUUGUAUAACUGAAAACAUGUCUCCCCACCCCAUGGCAAAAUGUGUAGAAUUGCAGGAAAUUAGCUGUAAAACUGCAAGAAAAAUAAGUUCUGUAAAGCAAAUAUAUUUGUUUACCUUUUGUUCAUAAAUUACUUUUUCUGCUAACAGAUCCCUCUGUACGUAUUAAAUUAUAGUUUUUAAUCCCAGUGCUGAAUUAAUGUGUAGCGGCUAAUUGUAUCGCUAGUAUGGAAUGUGUUUGUAGAUCGACUGAAUGAAUGAAGCUACAGCCACUAGUGCUGAGCGAUUUAACUGAAAUGUCUGUUAUUUUUAGGUUUUUAAACAACUAAUUGACCAAUAUCUGUUCAAUUAUUUGAAUUCCAUUUAGUUCGUUUUUUUUCUUUGAGCUCAAUGCGCAGUUUCUCUAGAGAUAAAUCAGAUCAAGCCCAACUGUGCGAUGUACAGUGGGGGAAAAAAGUAUGUAAUUUUCAUCAUAGGUACACGUCAACCUUGACAGACAAAAUGAGAAAAAGAAAUCCAGAAAAUCACAUUGUAGGAUUUUUUAUGAAUUUAUUUGCAAAUUAUGGUGGAAAAUAAGUAUUUGGUCAAUAACAAAAGUUUCUCAAUACUUUGUUAUAUACCCUUUGUUGGCAAUGACACAGGUCAAAUGUUUUCUGUAAGUCUUCACAAGGUUUUCACACACUGUUUAUGGUAUUUUGGCCCAUUCCUCCAUGCAGAUCUCCUCUAGAGCAGUGAUGUUUUGGGGCUGUUGCUGGGCAACACAGACUUUCAACUCCCUCCAAAGAUUUUCUAUGGGGUUGAGAUCUGGAGACUGGCUAGGCCACUCCAGGACCUUGAAAUGCUUCUUACGAAGCCACUCCUUCGUUGCCCGGGCGGUGUGUUUGGGAUCAUUGUCAUGCUGAAAGACCCAGCCACGUUUCAUCUUCAAUGCCCUUGCUGAUGGAAGGAGGUUUUCACUCAAAAUCUCACGAUACAUGGCCCCAUUCAUUCUUUCCUUUACACGGAUCAGUCGUCCUGGUCCCUUUGCAGAAAAACAGCCCCAAAGCAUGAUGUUUCCACCCCCAUGCUUCACAGUAGGUAUGGUGUUCUUUGGAUGCAACUCAGCAUUCUUUGUCCUCCAAACACGACUAGUUGAGUUUUUACCAAAAAGUUAUAUUUUGGUUUCAUCUGACCAUAUGACAUUCUCCCAAUCCUCUUCUGGAUCAUCCAAAUGCACUCUAGCAAACUUCAGAUGGGCCUGGACAUGUACUGGCUGAAGCAGGGGGACACGUCUCGCACUGCAGGAUUUGAGUCCCUGGCGGCGUAGUGUGUUACUGAUGGUAGGCUUUGUUACUUUGGUCCCAGCUCUCUGCAGGUCAUUCACUAGGUCCCCCCGUGUGUUUCUGGGAUUUUUGCUCACCGUUCUUGUGAUCAUUUUGACCCCACGGGGUGAGAUCUUGCGUGGAGCCCCAGAUCGAGGGAGAUUAUCAGUGGUCUUGUAUGUCUUCCAUUUCCUAAUAAUUGCUCCCACAGUUGAUUUCUUCAAACCAAGCUGCUUACCUAUUGCAGAUUCAGUCUUCCCAGCCUGGUGCAGGUCUACAAUUUUGUUUCUGGUGUCCUUUGACAGCUCGUUGGUCUUGGCCAUAGUGGAGUUUGGAGUGUGACUGUUUGAGGUUGUGGACAGGUGUCUUUUUAUACUGAUAACAAGUUCAAACAGGUGCCAUUAAUACAGGUAACGAGUGGAGGACAGAGGAGCCUCUUAAAGAAGAAGUUACAGGUCUGUGAGAGCCAGAAAUCUUGCUUGUUUGUAGGUGACCAAAUGCUUAUUUUCCACCAUAAUUAGCAAAUAAAUUCAUUAAAAAUCCUACAAUGUGAUUUUCUGGAUUUUUUUUCCUCAAUUUGUCUGUCAUAGUUGACGUGUAUCUAUGAUGAAAAUUACAGGCCUCUCUCAUCUUUUUAAGUGGGAGAACUUGCACAAUUGGUGGCUGACUAAAUACUUUUUUCCCCCACUGUAGUAGGUAGUUGUAGUUUCCAACAGGCCAAUAUUCUACAUAAUUUAGCGCAGAAAACAUGUUAAUUAACUUCAAUGACCAUAAUCCAUUGCAUGCUUACUUGUCCGGUCUGUGUGGUGCAGACAUGGAGAGGGAGAGAAGAGACAGAACGCGCGAUCGAGAGGGAUAGAGAGCAGUUGCUUUGCAAAGGUAUCUCUAUCUGAAAAUACAUGAUCUAAGUGAAUGAUAGUUGGUAUUCAGCAGUCAUAAAAGUAUGCCUUUACUUUGACGAAUUUCUAAAAUAGUGAUUUUGUCAGACAGCAUAGGCAGCAGCUCUAUAGAGAUGAGAUGAUGACUUGGAAUGAAAUAAUAGUCAUCAAAUAAAUCAAAUGUAAUAUACACAACUUAAAUAUUUUAUUAAAGUAAAGUCAUGUGAAUAAAUGAUGGUUAAUAAGUGAUAAUCAGUAAUGGGCAUCAUGGGACUUGUAAUAAUUAUUUUAUUCUGUGUUCUAGCAUUCAACCCCCACAAUGAAUAGUGCAUGUUACACAAAAUAAUCAACAUCGAAAAUCGUGAUUAUUUUUUAAUAAUGAAACUGAACCGACUUCAAAAUGCACUAAUCGCUCAGCACAACCAAUGUGAUAAUGGCUGGGAUAAUUUGUGCUUCUUUUGCAGUUCUCCAAAUAGCAUUUUAGAGUUUUUAAAUUGAAUAGAAAUGCAGUAAAUUAGCUUCAACUUUCUUAACAUUUCUUGGAAAUCCCCCCGGGACCUCACUAAAACAGACCCUGUACAUUGAUUACAAUGAGAACAGGCUGUCAUGGGAAAUCUCUGUUCUAAGAUGGAAACCCAGUUUUGAGUUCACUAAAGAUGUUGUCCUAUUUAUGUCUCCUGUCCUGUCUAACAGUUUGCCUCUGAGGUGAGGUUUGAAGGCUUCUCCCUCAGAGCCCAGGAUAGAGCGACAUGGUACAGCCUGCUGCCUUCUGAUCCAGACUCCCAGACCAGCUCUGACCACAAGCUACACUCGGAGGUGAGUAGUCCUACCCUAUCCUAUCCUACCCCACCCUAUCCUGUCCUACCCUGCCUCCAACCUUCCAGUUCUACCUGCUACUGACUCACUGUCCUACCCUACCUCCAACCUUCCAGUUCUACCAGCUACUGACUCACUGUCCUACCCUACCUCCAACCUUCCAGUUCUACCUGCUACUGACUCACUGUCCUACCCUACCUCCAACCUUCCAGUUCUACCAGCUACUGACUCACUGUCCUACCCUACCUCCAACCUUCCAGUUCUACCUGCUACUGACUCACUGUCCUACCCUACCUCCAACCUUCCAGUUCUACCUGCUACUGACUCACUGUCCUACCCUACCUCCAACCUUCCAGUUCUACCAGCUACUGACUCACUGUCCUACCCUACCUCCAACCUUCCAGUUCUACCAGCUACUGACUCACUGUCCUACCCUACCUCCAAUCUUCCAGUUCUACCAGCUACUGACUCACUGUCCUACCCUACCUCCAACCUUCCAGUUCUACCUGCUACUGACUCACUGUCCUACCCUACCUCCAACCUUCCAGUUCUACCAGCUACUGACUCACUGUCCUACCCUACCUCCAACCUUCCAGUUCUACCAGCUACUGACUCACUGUCCUACCUCCAACCUUCCAGUUCUACCUGCUACCGACUCACUGUCCUACCCUACCUCCAACCUUCCAGUUCUACCAGCUACUGACUCACUGUCCUACCCUACCUCCAACCUUCCAGUUCUACCAGCUACUGACUCACUGUCCUACCCUGCCUCCAACCUUCCAGUUCUACCAGCUACUGACUCACUGUCCUACCCUACCUCCAACCUUCCAGUUCUACCAGCUACUGACUCACUGUCCUACCCUGCCUCCAACUUUCCAGUUCUACCAGCUACUGACUCACUGUCCUACCCUACCUUCAACCUUCCAGUUCUACCAGCUACUGACUCACUGUCCUACCCUACCUCCAACCUUCCAGUUCUACCAGCUACUGACUCACUGCCCUACCUCCAACCUUCCAGUUCUACCUGCUAGUGACUCACUGUCCUACCCUACCUCCAACCUUCCAGUUCUACCAGCUACUGACUCACUGUCCUACCCUACCUCCAACCUUCCAGUUUAACCUGCUACUGACUCACUGUCCUACCCUACCUCCAACCUUCCAGUUCUACCAGCUACUGACUCACUGUCCUACCCUGCUUCCAACCUUCCAGUUCUACCUGCUACUGACUCACUGUCCUACCCUACCUCCAACCUUCCAGUUCUACCAGCUACUGACAGACUGUCCUACCACCAGAAUAAGUAUCUCUACUCACUGAGACACUGCUAUGUAAACACAUGUAUUUCUACACAGCUUUUAAUACUAUGACUUGUUUUAGGGGUUAAAAGCAGACUCAAACUUACACUCUUACAGAAUCCCUUAAGGUGUUUAAACCAAACUAUUAUUCACAACAUAUUCAAACAUCCAUUAAUUACACUUUUUCAAUUAAACACUGCUUAAUAAAAGUAAAAAAAAAAUAUUUAGCUUCAGCCAUCUAACGGCACUGUUGGUGUUUCUGUCAGAGAGAGAGAGAGAGAGAGAGAAACAGAGCGAGGGACAGAAAGAGAGCGAGGGAGUGAGCUCAGUUAGUGUCCAUGUUGCUGUCUCUUCGCUCCAGGCUCUGCUGUCAUAAAAACCAGAGUGUGAAAUGUUUCUCUAAUGAGUUUUCCACUACAGAUGAAUCAUGGAGCUCUAUGUAGCGAUGGACAUGCUCAUCUCUGAUAGUCUGUUAUUAAACCCUUGGACUGUUUACUCGUUGGACACCCACCUGAUUUACAGCACCCAUAUUGAUUAGCUAGUGUCAUUAAAUUCCUUUUGGUUCCGUGACAGGCAGUAUUUAUGGUGAUGAUUAUUAUUGUUCUGGGAGAGUGUGUUUGUAGUAAAAAUAAUUGUGUUUAUGGUGUUGUUGAGACAGUGACUCACCAUCUGUUGUCUCUGUAACUGAAGGAGAGAGGUGGGUGGUGUGGUGGAGGAUGUGUGUCUAACUGAAGGAGAGGGAUGGGUGGUGUUGUGGUGGAGGAUGUGUGUCUAACUGAAGGAGAGAGGUGGGUGGUGUUGUGGUGGAGGAUGUGUGUCUAACUGAAGGAGAGAGGUGGGUGGUGUUGUGGUGGAGGAUGUGUGUCUAACUGAAGGAGAGAGGUGGGUGGUGUUGUGGUGGAGGAUGUGUGUCUAACUGAAGGAGAGAGGUGGGUGGUGUUGUGGUGGAGGAUGUGUGUCUAACUGAAGGAGAGAGAUGGGUGGUGUUGUGGUGGAGGAUGUGUGUCUAACUGAAGGAGAGAGGUGGGUGGUGUUGUGGUGGAGGAUGUGUGUCUAACUGAAGGAGAGAGGUGGGUGGUGUUGUGGUGGAGGAUGUGUGUCUAACUGAAGGAGAGAGGUGGGUGGUGUUGUGGUGGAGGAUGUGUGUCUAACUGAAGGAGAGAGGUGGGUGGAGUUGCGGUGGAGGAUGUGUGUCUAACUGAAGGAGAGAGAUGGGUGGUGUUGUGGUGGAGGAUGUGUGUCUAACUGAAGGAGAGAGGUGGGUGGUGUUGUGGUGGAGGAUGUGUGUCUAACUGAAGGAGAGAGGUGGGUGGAGUUGCGGUGGAGGAUGUGUGUCUAACUGAAGGAGAGAGAUGGGUGGUGUUGUGGUGGAGGAUGUGUGUCUAACUGAAGGAGAGAGGUGGGUGGUGUUGUGGUGGAGGAUGUGUGUCUAACUGAAGGAGAGAGGUGGGUGGUGUUGUGGUGGAGGAUGUGUGUCUAACUGAAGGAGAGAGGUGGGUGGUGUUGCGGUGCGUCUGAAAUUAGACUACACCCUAUUUUCUAUAUAGUUUUCACGACUUUUGGCCUUUUCAGGUUAAAGUAGUGCCCUGUAUAGGGAAUAGGGUGUUUGAGUAGUGCACUUUAUAGGGGAUAGGGGGACAUUUCAGACACACCAUACCCUAGUAGAGUUUCUCUCAUCACUUACUGAGGAAGUGGCAUGAUGAUGAUGUGUCUAGAGUUUCUCUCAACACCCUGUGAUAUUAAAAAGCGUUCAAAACAACUGGGAAAUCUGUAAUCUCCAACUUCAGUGCGUUCAAAACAACUGGGAAUUGGGAACUCGGAAAAUCUCAGACUUCCAACUUCAGUGCGUUCAAAACAACUAGGAACUCGGAAAUCUCCAACUUCAGUGCGUUCAAAACAACUGGGAACUCGGAAAUCUCCAACUUCAGUGCGCUCAAAACAACUGGGAACUGGGAACUCGGAAAUCUCAGACUUCCCACCUCAGUGCGACCUCAGUGCGAAACAACUGGGAACUCUGGCCUCUUCCUAGAGCUCCGACUUUCCGACCUGAAGAUCACUAAUGUCAUGAUUUGACCUUGUAUUUUUAUCCCAGUUCCCAGUUGUUUUGAGCACACUGAAGUCAAAAGUCUGAGAUUUCCGAGUUCCCAGUUGUUUUGAACGUGGCAUCAGAGAAGGCCCAGCCCAGCCCACACCCUGAUUAAUGGGCCUAAUAAUGAACCAGCCCACACCCUGAAUACUGUGCUGGCCUGAUAAUGUAGAAGGUUCUAUAGUAGUCAGUGGGCCGGGCCGGGCCUGGCUGCACCCUCUAUGAAGAAUUCACCUCACCUGUCAGAGAACCCAGAACCCUAUGUCCAAUCCACUCCUGCCUCCUGACAAUUCCCACCACAGAACAGCAGUGUGAACUCAAAGGCAGAGCUGUAACUCAAAGGCAGAGCUGUAACUCAAAGGCAGAGCUGUAACUCAAAGGCAGAGCUGUAACUCAAAGGCAGAGCUGUAACUCAAAGGCAGAGCUGUAACUCAAAGGCAGAGCUGUAACUACCAGGCCAGCUGUAACUCCAUUUCUGUAUUUAGAUGUGACUCAUCCUAAAGCAGAUGCAUUACUGCACUUUCAGGAAGCUUAGCUUUAGGCCUACUUGGAGUUGCUAUUAAUGAAAGUCUUUGGGUAUUUUGUACUCUUAGUUUGCAGGGCUGAGGUUGAGGAGAAAAGCAGAAAGCAGCCUUUGCAUCGAUGGAUUUAAAUCUGUUUUACAGUGACCUGUGAAGGAGCUGUCUCUGUCCCUUGUUUGUGAAAUGGGAUUUGGAGCUAAUCCCGGGCCAGGGCAGAGAAAGGAGGGGAGGAGGUGCGGGGGAAGGAGCUGAUAGGGUGAAAGCUAUGCCUGCUACUUAUAAAACUGGCCUAGCUACACACACACACACACACAUACAUACACACACACACACACACACACACACACACACACACAUAUACAUACACACACAAACACACAGUCUGAUAAUACCUGAUACAGUCGUUGAACAAAGCUGACAUUGCUGUAAAGUUAGAGGUAAAUAAAAGUACUCAAACAUGCCAACUAAAUAUCAGCUUUACGGCUUCCACUUUCUAUCAAGUGGUAAUAUUUAAAUCUAAAGCUUGUGUUGUGUGUGUGUGUCAAUUUUGACAUGCUGUUCUGUGUCCUUUCACCCCCCUUCUUUCUAACCCCCUUCCACUCUUUCUUUCUUUUUCCUGCCUUCAUCUCUCUGUCAUUUCACUCUGUAUCUCUCUAUAUGUACUCUCUCUGUCUUAUAUAUAGAUUCUAUAUAUAGAUAGAUCGUUAGUAGAUGGAUGCUUCCCAUAUAAUACGAUCUAUAUGAGUAGCUAUUAGGGUAGACUAUAGAGAGAUGAGCUGGAUAGCAGGUCUAUAUAUUACUAUCAUCGUUUCUGAUCAGCUAUCUCGUCCUCUUCUUCGCAUCUGUAUAUAUCUCUCUCUCUCUUCUUUUCUCUUCUCUCUCUCUCUCUCUCUCUCUCUGUCUCUCUGUCUCUCUCUCUCUCUCUCCCUCUCUCUCUCUCUCCCCCCCCCCCCCCCCUCCAGGUGUUCCAUUACUACCGGCCUGUUCUAGACCUAGUUCAGUUGGUGACUGUGUCAGAUCUUCCCAGCUUCCUCCGCUCCAGCACAGAGUUUCACCUGUAUCCUUCACAUCAGCUGAUGACUGAUGUGUCCACAUCUCAGAUAAACUGUGCCUCUCAGAUCUGUAAACUGGAGAUAUUUAACCACAUAGCUGGUUUAAGGGAAGGGACUUUCCAAAAUGUUACCAGCAGUUGUAGGUGAACUGCUAGACAGUCACGCUGACAGUCAGGCUGCAGAUAUACCGGUAGUCAUUUAUUUACUGUCUGAACAGGUUUACCCUUGAACCUGGUUUGGGGAUAAUGAACUUUGUUCUUAGAUAAUGAUUGGCCAGGUCUCAUGUGACUGUAUGCCUAUGUAGACUGAACAUGAUAUUUUUCUACUGUGAUAACAGAUCAAACCUUGUCAUGUACAGUAUAAAAGGAAAUAAGAAAGCGCUAGAUACAUCUCCCCAGUUAUCUACACUUGUUCAUUCCUUGACCUAUCACUACAGGGAACUGUCCUCCAAAUCACUAAAAGAUAAACUGCUCCUUGAUCAGUUCAGAUCACUGUCUGGAAAGGUAAAUGAAUCAGUCAGUACUCCUCCAGUGUGUGAGUCAUUAUACUGUGUGGUGGUGGUGGUACAGGUACAGGUACAACAACAACGGGGCGAAUGCAGAGCUUGGGACAAUAAGGUUCUAUCUGAAUUUGUGAGGAAAUUGAGUUAUUGACAUAGCCUUGUUCUGUUCAAUGUUCUCUACCUAUUUAGUACAGUACUCUAAAUACCCCAAUUCAUAUUGUUACGUUCAAAAGAAUACAAGAUAACAAUCACUGACACCAUUCAAACCAAUGAGGGUUCAGAACUUUAAAGCAAAUUAUCUCAGAAUCAUCUUUUUGCAGAUAGAACUUUCUAGUUCCAAGCUCUAGCUAUGUCAAGUAAGUGUUGGUUUACACUCCAUGUAAGGGCCCUGUUCUCUCUAUCCUGUAUGGUCAGCUCCAUGGCUCUGCCCCCUGCCUCUCAGUAGUAGUAGUACUGUAGUAGUAUGGUGUAGUAUGUAUAGUGAUGUUGUGUCUCCAGGUAGGGGCCCUGUUCUCUCUAUCCUGUAUGGUCAGCUCCAUGGCUCUGCCCCCUGCCUCUCAGUAGUAGUAGUACUGUAGUAGUAUGGUGUAGUAUGUAUAGUGAUGUUGUGUCUCCAGGUAGGGGCCCUGUUCUCUCUAUCCUGUAUGGUCAGCUCCAUGGCUCUGCCCCCUGCAUCUCAGCUCAGCUCCCAGAAGUGGAAGGACUUCAUAGCCAAGAGACCCAAGGCCCUGCCUGGUAGGUACUGAAUGUGGAUCGUCAGCUACAGCUCAUGUGUGAGAAAAAGGACUGAUGGUAUAGGAACUAUAGAUAUUUAAACAAACAGAAUCAAGGCAACAAGGAGAACCAAGGCACUCUUUAUACUAUAUACAAUUCCCUAGGCAUUCCUAUGGCUUUUUCAGUACAUAUAACCUGGAUGUGUAUUCUUUAUUUGAAACUAAUUUUGACCUAUUUGAUUUGCCAUAGUUCCAGAUGUGGAGGUGAAGGGUGAGCGCGGACACUACUUCCUGUUGGUCCAGGGGUCAGAGGGCGGAGACUGCAAGGCCCGCAUGAUACACUCAGCCAAUCAAAUCAAUGGAGCCGCUGCCAUGGCAACCAUCAAUGGGCUUCUGAAAGAAAAUUCUUUGUCGUUUUCAGGUAAGAAACUCUUAAAAAAACAAAAACAAGAACAAACAAAUAUCUACUCUGAUUUAAAUGUUCUUUACUGUAUAAUUGGUGACUUACCUGUCAAUGUCAUGGACAGUAUGAAUGGUCUACUGUCAGCUUGAUAUAGAGCAGUCUUAAAAGGCCUCCUCUCUUUGAGGUAAUUUACUGUUCCUUGGGUCUAAGGCGGUGCCUUCUUCAGUCUCCACAAGUUGAAAAGUACAAGAAGGAUCCCUCUAGCUGAUGCUUUUAUCCACCUCUCCAUUUCCUAACACUCAGUCUAGUUUUAAUCAUUUUAAAAUGGUAGAAUAACCCAAGGUAUUUCUACUAGAAAGUUAUGAAUAGAAACUUGGAGCCUGAAUUAUAAAAUGGCCCAACCACUAUGUACUUCUUCCUCUAACUCCUCUUUCCUCUGAAUCUUUAACUUGUUCCUCAACUAGAUUCAGCCGCGGGCUGAUUUUUUUUUCUUGAGCGGAUGGUCGGGUGGCCGGAACAUAAUUACAAUUCAUUUGUAGACUGCAAAUUGACCGCAAGAAGCCCAAACAGAUAUACAGUGGGGAAAAAAAGUAUUUAGUCAGCCACCAAUUGUGCAAGUUCUCCCACUUAAAAAGAUGAGAGAGGCCUGUAAUUUUCAUCAUAGGAACACGUCAACUAUGACAGACAAAUUGAGAAUUUUUUUUCCAGAAAAUCACAUUGUAGGAUUUUUAAUGAAUUUAUUUGCAAAUUAUGGUGGAAAAUAAGUAUUUGGUCACCUACAAACAAGCAAGAUUUCUGGCUCUCACAGACCUGUAACUUCUUCUUUAAGAGGCUCCUCUGUCCUCCACUCGUUACCUGUAUUACUGGCACCUGUUUGAACUUGUUAUCAGUAUAAAAGACACCUGUCCACAACCUCAAACAGUCACACUCCAAACUCCACUAUGGCCAAGACCAAAGAGCUGUCAAAGGACACCAGAAACAAAAUUGUAGACCUGCACCAGGCUGGGAAGACUGAAUCUGCAAUAGGUAAGCAGCUUGGUUUGAAGAAAUCAACUGUGGGAGUAAUUAUUAGGAAAUGGAAGACAUACAAGACCACUGAUAAUCUCCCUCGAUCUGGGGCUCCAUGCAAGAUCUCACCCCGUGGGGUCAAAAUGAUCACAAGCACGGUGAGCAAAAAUCCCAGAACCACACGGGGGGACCUAGUGAAUGACCUGCAGAGAGCUGGGACCAAAGUAACAAAGCCUACCAUCAGUAACACACUACCCCGCCAGGGACUCAAAUCCUGCAGUGCGAGACGUGUCCCCCUGCUUAAGCCAGUACAUGUCCAGACCUGUCUGAAGUUUGCUAGAGUGCAUUUGGAUGAUCCAGAAGAGGAUUGGGAGAAUGUCAUAUGGUCAGAUGAAACCAAAAUAGAACAUUUUGGUAAAAACUCAACUCGUCGUGUUUGGAGGACAAAGAAUGCUGAGUUGCAUCCAAAUAACACCAUACCUACUGUGAAGCAUGGGGGUGGAAACAUCAUGCUUUGGGGCUGUUUUUCUGCAAAGGGACCAGGACGACUGAUCCGUGUAAAGGAAAGAAUGAAUGGGGACAUGUAUCGUGAGAUUUUGACUGAAAACCUCCUUCCAUCAGCAAGGGCAUUGAAGAUGAAACGUGGCUGGGUCUUUCAGCAUGACAAUGAUCCCAAACACACCGCCCGGGCAACGAAGGAGUGGCUUCGUAAGAAGCAUUUCAAGGUCCUGGAGUGGCCUAGCCAGUCUCCAGAUCUCAACCCCAUAGAAAAUCUUUGGAGGGAGUUGAAAGUCCGUGUUGCCCAGCGACAGCCCCAAAACAUCACUGCUCUAGAGGAGAUCUGCAUGGAGGAAUGGGCCAAAAUACCAGCAACAGUGUGUGGAAACCUUGUGAAGACUUACAGAAAACGUUUGACCUGUGUCAUUGCCAACAAAGGGUAUAUAACAAAGUAUUGAGAAACUUUUGUUAUUGACCAAAUACUUAUUUUCCACCAUAAUUUGCAAAUAAAUUCAUAAAAAAUCCUACAAUGUGAUUUUCUGGAUUUUUUUUUCUAAUUUUGUCUGUCAUAAUUGACGUGUACCUAUGAUGAAAAUUACAGGCCUCUCUCAUCUUUUUAAGUGGGAGAACUUGCACAAUUGGUGGCUGACUAAAUACUUUUUUUCCCCACUGUAAUAUUUGACUAAAACAUAAUUAUUUCAAGCCUUGCCUACAUUUGUAUACGAUCACAUACCGUAUUUUCCGCACUAUAAGGCGCACUUAAAAGCCUUUAAUUUUCUCAAAAAACGACAGUGCGCCUUAUAAUCCGGAGCGCCUUAUAUAUAGAUCAAUUGGUUAAUUGGUUGAUCCAUACUGGUUGUACACGGCGCUCUGUCAAAAUGCUUCGGUAUGAAAAACCAAUAAAAACAAUUUAAUAAUAAUGAAAUGUUUCAGUACGACUGGUAAACUACAAAGCCGCACCGCUUGCAGCAUUACGGCUACCGUAGUCAGUAAACACCGGUACUGUGCUUACUCAGUCCCACACCACUUGUGUGUGUAUAAAGACCCCAAAAUGGCACCUUUCAAGAGACACGCUUACGACGCAGAGUUCAAGCUCAAGGCUGUCGGUCACGCAGUAGAAUAUGGGAAUAGAGCAGCAGCGAGAUAAUUCAACAUUAAUGAAUCAAUGGUACGGAAGUGGAGGAAGCAAGAAGAUGACCUGCGCCAAGUAAAGAAGACUAAACAGAGUUUCCGAGGGAACAAGCGAGAUGGCCACAGUUAGAGGACAAACUCGAACAGUGGGUUGUUGAACAGAGAGCAGCAAGUAGAAGCGUCUCUACAGUCACUAUUCGAAUGAAGGCAACAGCGCUAGCACAGGACAUGAUCAUCGAUGAAUUUCGAGGCGGUCCUUCUUGGUGCUUUCGUCACUAUCUGCCAAUGGAUCGUGGAUGCCUGGGCUGAUAUAUCAGUCUCAACUGUGGUCCAAGCUUUCACGAAGGCAGGAAUAAUCUCUGAACUGCCAGGCAACAGCAGCGACACUGACUCGGAUAAUGACGAGAGGGAGCCGGGCAGGUUGGAUGCCGUAGUCGCCCAACUGUUCAAUUCGGACACUGAAGAAGAAGAAUUCGAGGGAUUCGUGGACGGGGAAUGAACUGAAAAAGUGAUCUUUACGUGUUAUACGUAACUGAACAAUGUUGAGUUAUGCACUAACGUUUGAUUUAGUGGUAUCAGACUGUUUCUUUUACUACGUGUUUACUGAAUCAGGGAAAAGUUCCCCUCCACGUUUGGGAGAAGAGUGAGCAAGGCUGGGAGAUAUUGUUAAUAUGCACAUUAACGUUUGAACAACGUUACCAUGGGAGUGAACGGAGUUGUCAGAACGCUUAAUAAAGUUUGACUUUAUCUGACUGUUUUGUUGACAUUCCCUUUAGCACAGCUCCAUCUAGUGGAUGCAUAACGCAACCCCAGUCAAACGUUUGACUGCAGUAUCUUCUAUUCUAUGCGCCUUAUAAUCCGGUGCGCCCUAUAUAUGAAAACAGUUCUAAAAUAGGCCAUUCAUUGAAGGUGCGCCUUAUAAUCCGGUGCGCUUUAUAGUGCGGAAAAUACGGUAUAUAUUUUUUUGGGGGGGUCUUUUUUAUGUCUGAAAAUUCAAAUAAAUAAAAGAAGGGGUGCCAAAAUAAAACCACCCGCGGGCCACCAGUUGGGGAACCCUGCUCUAACUUCUCUGACUCUUUCCUCUGGAUAUUGUGGUCCUCUGUAGCUCAAUUGGUAGAGCAUGGCGCUUGUAACGCCAGGGUAGUGGGUUCGAUCCCCGGGACCACCCAUACGUAAAAAUGUAUGCACACAUGACUGUAAGUCGCUUUGGAUAAAAGCGUCUGCUAAAUGGCAUAUUAUAUUAUUAUUAUUAUAUUUAUCAGCGAUAAUAAAGCCCUGUAGAAAGACAGACGUAAUACCUGGGAGUGAAACAGAAGAGGAGGAGAGAAGGCACAGCAGUGUAGCCACUCUCUCUCUCUCUCUCUCCUGCUGCGUUAGCCCUGUGGACUGGGAACACACUGAAACAGGCUGUAGUGUAGGUUGGUACAGUCAGAGCUGAUAUUUACAUGGCUCUUGGUACUUUGUACAGUAUAAAGCAUGUAGGCCUCCACAUUCAUUCAGAGAGCACAUUCUGUUCCAUUAUGGAAUGCCCCAAAAAAAGAAAGACAUUGUACUUUUAAAAUAUAUUUCAGGCAUUUAGCAGAGUCUCUCAUCCAGAGAGACUUACAGAGAGUUUAUUUUAUUUUACACAAACUCUCAUGUAGCAUUUAUUUCUGAAAGAGAACAUAAGAUGGUGAAAGAAUAGUUCCCUCUCCUUCUGGCUUUUAAGACCCUCUCUCUGAGUACCUUCAUAAAAUGAUUAAAGCGUAAGAAUGGUUCUUUCGUACACCAACUCUCAUGUGGCAUUUUCAUUCUCAAAGAGAACAGAACAAAAUGGUGGAACAAGCAAUAGAUCCUGAAAGGUCUUCCUGUUCCCUUCGCUCUCUGUAGGAGUUUAUUAUAUAAAAACCUUAAGAAAAACCCUGACAUGUACCAUUUUCCUUCUGAAAGAGAACAAUAUGGAGGAACAAGCAAUGGUUCCUAAAAGGCCCUGUUCUGUUCUCCCCUUUUCUCUCUCUCUCUCUCUCUCUCUCUUUCUCUCUCUCUUUCUCUCUCACACUCUUUCUCUCUUUCUCGCUCUCUCACUCUCUUUCUCUCUCUUUCUCUCUCACACUCUCUCUUUCUCUCUUUCUCGCUCUCUCUCUUUCUCUCUCUCGCUCUUUCUUUCUCUCUCUUUCUCUCUCGCUCUUUCUUUCUCUCUCUCUGUUUUGCGCUCUGUCAUUCUUAUACGGCCCUCUGAGAACUUUUGUGAAACAGAUUAAAGGCUGAGAGAGUCUCCUAACGGGCCGUAAAGUGAAGAGGCUAAUAAGUAACGCUAGCGGGAGCAGUGUGCAGGUUGCUCUUUUCUUUCACGUUAUUGAGAAGGGUUCAGCCAAUUGAUUGAUAAAGCAGUCCACUUGGUCGCCUCCCCCAGUUUCCACCACUACAGACUGGCUGCGCUCCCUGCCCUGUCUCCAUGGAGACCAACUGCUACAGAGAGAGAGGAAGUUGGCCAAGGUGCAGACCUUGGUCCUAAAGGAGUGUCUGAGUAAGUAAAACAUCUAAUUUUAUUUACCCAUGUAAGUCUUGUUGAGAUAAAACUCGAUUUUUCAAGAGAUACCUCAUAUCAUAUCUGACGCAGAAUAUAUAUUAAAAUGUCUGUCCUCAGCACACUCUUUCCAUUUGCAGUUAACUUUAUUGACACCAAAUAGAGCCUAGCUAAAUUACUUUUUUAUAAUUGUAUUUUAUUUAACCAGGUAAGUUAUUGAGAACAUUCUAUUUUAUAUCUAGCAUAGUUUAAUAAAGCAAGUCAGUCUGUCUAGCAGCCAGCCAGAUAAGUGGAUCCUCCAGUAUUAAAGUCAGUCUGUAGAGCAGCCAGACAAGUAAGUGGAUCCUCCAGUAUUAAAGUCAGUCUGUAGAGCAGCCAGACAGGUAAGUGGUUCCUCCAGUAUUAAAGUCAGUCUGUAGAGCAGCCAGACAGGUAAGUGGUUCCUCCAGUAUUAGUCAGUCUGUAGAGCAGCCAGACAGGUAAGUGGAUAAUCCAGUAUUAAAGUCAGUCUGUAGAGCAGCCAGACAGGUAAGUGGUUCCUCCAGUAUUAGUCAGUCUGUAGAGCAGCCAGACAGGUAAGUGGUUCCUCCAGUAUUAGUCAGUCUGUAGAGCAGCCAGACAGGUAAGUGGUUCCUCCAGUAUUAGUCAGUCUGUAGAGCAGCCAGACAGGUAAGUGGUUCCUCCAGUAUUAGUCAGUCUGUAGAGCAGCCAGACAGGUAAGUGGUUCCUCCAGUAUUAGUCAGUCUGUAGAGCAGCCAGACAGGUAAGUGGUUCCUCCAGUAUUAGUCAGUCUGUAGAGCAGCCAGACAGGUAAGUGGUUCUUCCAGUAUUAGUCAGUCUGUAGAGCAGCCAGACAGGUAAGUGGUUCCUCCAGUAUUAGUCAGUCUGUAGAGCAGCCAGACAGGUAAGUGGUUCCUCCAGUAUUAGUCAGUCUGUAGAGCAGCCAGACAGGUAAGUGGUUCCUCCAGUAUUAGUCAGUCUGUAGAGCAGCCAGACAGGUAAGUGGUUCCUCCAGUAUUAGUCAGUCUGUAGAGCACUUACAGUAGGCUACUUACUGACUAUUAUUAUUUCAUCUUGACUAGGACGUAGAGAAGAGGCAGACAAGCCAGCCUCAAUACCAGUCAAUGACCUGAAGGUCCUGCUCAGCCUGGCCAGAGAACAGUACCUCAAGAUGCAUGACUCUGCCCUGCCUAAAGCCUCCAGCCUGCCUAAAGACUCCAGCCUGCCCAGAGUUGAGCACUGUGGAGCAGAGGAGGAGAACCACACUAUGAAGACUACAGGUAUUCUGUUGUUCCACUCUCUCGUUACUCCACUUAACACAGCGCAGUAAUAUGUAUGUGUUAUCUCUGAAACUGAUUCCUACUAGAAACGUUGACUGAUAAACUGAAAAAACUUAAAUGACUCUAUUCCCAUCCUAAUGUAGAGUUCAUUAAACACUCCCAACAUGUUGACUGGCCGGAGAGAAGUGUUCUGCAGAACUAUGAGAACCUCCAGAGGACUCGUCAGAAGCUGAGGUAAACUUGAAUCAUGGUGUUCACAUCGGUACUUAACACCUCUCUUCCAACAAUAAUAAGCAAGCAAGGUGGCUUAUGGGAAUAGAAAGAGAGGCCGACAGUAUCUUUGGUUCCUGACACGUGACUCAUUUAACCAUCUCAUCUGUGGUCUCCUCCUGCCUGUCUCCCUUCCCAGGUUUGGUCUGAUGUCUGGCGGCUCGUCUGACUGUCUGCUGGGGCCUAAGGACGUCCAGGGCCAGAGAACCACCCCAGCCUUGCUGGAUGCCAAAGAGCUGCUCAGACACUUCACACCUGAUGGCCUGCCCACCGGAGAUCUGCAGCCUCUAUUAGUCCAGAGACUAGGGUAACUAUAUUAGUCCCGAGACUAGGGUAACUAUAUAUUCCUACAAGCUCCUCUGUAAUAUACACUGCUCAAAAAAAUAAAGGGAACACUAAAAUAACACAUCCUAGAUCUGAAUGAAUGAAAUAAUCUUAUUAAAUACUUUUUUCUUUACAUAGUUGAAUGUGCUGACAACAAAAUCACACAAAAAUGAUCAAUGGAAAUCAAAUGUAUCAACCCAUGGAGGUCUGGAUUUGGAGUCAACCUCAAAAUUAAAGUGGAAAACCACACUACAGGCUGAUCCAACUUUGAUGUAAUGUCCUUAAAACAAGUCAAAAUGAGGCUCAGUAGUGUGUGUGGCCUCCACGUGCCUGUAUGACCUCCCUACAACGCCUGGGCAUGCUCCUGAUGAGGUGGUGGAUGGUCUCCUGAGGUAUCUCCUCCCAGACCUGGACUAAAGCAUCCGCCAACUCCUGGACAGUCUGUGAUGCAACGUGGCAUUGGUGGAUGGAGCGAGACAUGAUGUCCCAGAUGUGCUCAAUUGGAUUCAGGUCUGGGGAACGGGCGGGCCAGUCCAUAGCAUCAAUGCCUUCCUCUUGCAGGAACUGCUGACACACUCCAGCCACAUGAGGUCUAGCAUUGUCUUGCAUUAGGAGGAACCCAGGGCCAACCGCACCAGCAUAUGGUCUCACAAGGGGUCUGAGGAUCUCAUCUCGGUACCUAAUGGCAGUCAGGCUACCUCUGGCGAGCACAUGGAGGGCUGUGCGGCCCCCCAAAGAAAUGCCACCCCACACCAUGACUGACCCACCGCCAAACCGGUCAUGCUGGAGGAUGUUGCAGGCAGCAGAACGUUCUCCACGGCGUCUCCAGACUCUGUCACGUCUGUCACAUGUGCUCAGUGUGAACCUGCUUUAAUCUGUGAAGAGCACAGGGCACCAGUGGCGAAUUUGCCAAUCUUGGUGUUCUCUGGCAAAUGCCAAACGUCCUGCACGGUGUUGGGCUGUAAGCACAACCCCCACCUGUGGACGUCGGGCCCUCAUACCACCCUCAUGGAGUCUGUUUCUGACCGUUUGAGCAGACACAUGCACAUUUGUGGCCUGCUGGAGGUCAUUUUGCAGGGCUCUGGCAGUGCUCCUCCUGCUCCUCCUUGCACAAAGGUGGAGGUAGCAGUCCUGCUGCUGGGUUGUUGCCCUCCUACGGCCUCCUCCACGUCUCCUGAUGUACUGGCCUGUCUCCUGGUAGUGCUUCCAUGCUCUGGACACUACGCUGACAGACACAGCAAACCUUCUUGCCACAGCUCGCAUUGAUGUGCCUUCCUGGAUGAGCUGCACUACCUGAGCCACUUGUGUGGGUUGUAGACUCCGUCUCAUGUUACCACUAGAGUGAAAGCACCGCCAGCAUUCAAAAGUGACCAAAACAUCAGCCAGGAAGCAUAGGAACUGAGAAGUGGUCUGUGGUCACCACCUGCAAAACCAGUCCUUUAUUGGGGGUGUCUUGCUAAUUGCCUAUAAUUUCCACCUGUUGUCUAUUCCAUUUGCACAACAGCAUGUGAAAUGUAUUGUCAAUCAGUGUUGCUUCCUAAGUGGACAGUUUAAUUUCACAGAAGUGUGAUUGUUCAAUUCCAAUACUUUAGGGAUUUGUUCAAAGGCAUUGUGGUUUGACUCAUUCUGUCACUACUACAGAAAGUUGUAUAACGUAUUUAGAUGUGUUCUACUUUAUGUACAAUGGCCUCUCUGGUCAAUUAUAUGUGUCUGAGUGCCCCAAAGUAGUUAACACUAACCGGAGGAAGAGCAGCUCUGUCUUGUCGAGGUUGAGCUUGAGGUGGUGGACCGACAUCCAAGCUGAAAUAUCUGCCGGGCACGCAGAGAUGGGUGUCAGAAGGAGGGAAGGAGAAAGGCAGUUGAGUGUCAUCCGCAUAGCAAUGAUAGGAGAGACCAUGUGAGGAUAUGACGGAGCCGAGUGACUUGGUGUAUCGAUAGAAGAGGGCCUAGAACUGAGCCCAGGAGGACACCAGUAGUGAGAGUAUGCAUCAUAUUGAAGUAAACUUGGAGUCACGCGUUGAUAUGGUGUCUGGUCCUCCCACUUGGGAAACCAUGCAGUUUAUUAGGCUGCAGAUGAAAUAAAUGAUGAUUAACUUCACAGGGUGGUGAAAGUGCACGGUGAUGACGUAGAUAGAACAAUGAGCCAGAUGUUUCACCAGAUGUAUAAAUCUAAAGCAUCCAGUUGGCAUUUCCACUCACCACCAUAUAUGGUGAUGAGAGGAAGCCCAGUGGCCGGCAGUGGGGAAAGAUGGAGCCAGAUGGAUUUUGGCCGACAUUCUGCACAUUUUCUCAUCAAUGAAACAUUUGAUGUCAAUACAGUUUUCUGUUCCCAAAACUAGAAUAUGUUACGACAGAGUGGACUAAGUUUUGUAGACUUUGCCCUUUGCCAAAGUUUCAAAAUAUGGCAUUGCUUAGAAAGAGUGCAAGGGCAAAUUGAGUUAUUGUACACGCGCACUUCACAGAGUAGGCUUUCCCUAACGUAAAUAUGCAAAUACAUGCUCGAAAGCACCAAUGGGAUCUUGCUAGCGCAUGCUUGGCUCUGCCCAUCUCCUUGCUUGUUCUGCCCACUGAUUUAAUUUGCUCCCAUUGGAAACGACAGGCUGUGGUCUAUCUUGGGUUAGUUUUUAAAAUCUUUGGUGAUGAGCUUUACUCCUUCCCAGUAAAUAUCGAGGGUCUGAUUCUGGUGACAUGAUGAUCGAUGCUUGACUGCCGAUUGACAAAUAAAUAUCCAUAAUAAUCUCUUCAUGUAGACUAGCCUACCCGCAUUGUAUCUGCGAUCCGUUGGCUAGAGCGCACAUGCCAAGACCAGAGUAGGCACAUUUGCUGUUUAAGGCAACAGUUUUUGUGACAAAAUUAUCGGUAGAGUUGAAAAUGCGAUGGAAACACAUUGAACUUUAGAUUUUUAUUCGGUACAUGAAAACGUAAGUACAUUUUGCGUGCAUUACGUCGUCACGCACUGAUUUUUAUCCGCAACAAGUCAGUUUGGUGGAAACACGCCACUGGUGGGAAAAUGCGCAUAUUUUCUUUAUGCAGAUUUUAGAAUAUUUGCAUGAAAAUCUGUCGCCAGUUGGAUGGAAACCGAGCUACUGAGGGUAACUCAGCAAGGGGACAAUCUGUCUGACUAAAGUGUAUGAAAUUAGGUUUCAGGCUUCUAAUAUGGAUGUAGAAAUGUGUCCCGGCACUUCAGUGUGACUCUAGGGAAAUCAGUUUUGUCACCGUCUGAAUCUGAAAUGCCCCCCAAAAAAAUGCUGUCAACAUGCUUGUUGGUGCUUUCAAACAUUGAAUAAUAUGUUUAUAAUAUUAUCUUCCCUAGAGGAGAAACAACUCCAUUCAGCAGACAACUAUUCAGUUAGGAUGUUUCAAAUGCUCAGCCACCAUGUAGCGACAUGGAUUUUAUGUGGUUGUCUACUUCUGAGAUGCAUUAGAAUCAAAGUGUUUCAGCUAAUUUAAUUCCUCUGAUUCAAAGAGCUUUUAUUGGACAGUGUUUUUACAGAAGGCAGAGAAGAAUACGUUUUUGUAGUAAUUAAUGUUCAUUAAAAUAAACUCAAUUAAGAGGCAUUCUAGACAUUCAAGCUGUCAGACUUAAUCAGUUUGGGUGCAGAGGACAGGAGGGUUUUAGUUUAACUUCAGAUAGCUGCAGGACUGCGUGUUCUUUGCUGCAGUCUUGGAUUUAAUUAGAAAAUGUUCACAGCUCCUGUACAACAGUGUGUGUCUGUGUGUGUCUCCAGGGGAAAUACAUUCCACAUGUCUCCAGACCUGACCCCCAGGAAAGUGACCCAGCUCCCCUUCAACCAGGCAGCCAGCUCCCACUACCAUGGAAUAGAGUAGGUGUCUUUAUACAUACAGUAACCCUACCACUACCAUGGAAUAAAGGUUCAUCUACACAUAAACCUAUUUGUCUCUUAGGGUAGAGUACUUACAGUAUCUCUAAUCACCUGAGGGCCUGACGACACAACUAGCUCCAGGACAUGUACUUGUGUAGUGUAAAGAGACUGAUCUAGAUUCAACUCUCUCUUUGAGAUGUCUCCCACAUUACCUCCUGAGGUUGACAUCUACACCACAUACCCCCUCUGAGUGGUACAGUGUACAGACAACGGUUCUCCCACACCACAUGUCCCUGCAAGAAUUACCUUAAUACCUGUACAGCGUUUGUGCUCUGUUAGACAAAUUGAAAAUUAAAGGCUUUUAAAAUAUCCACACAUUUGUGAAUCAUUGCAUUAGUCAAGUGGGCAACACUAUGUUCAAUAUGGUUUAGAUGAGAAGCUCCUGUAUAGUUUGAAUUAGAUCCUUAUUUUGUUAGUCUAUAUAUUCUAUGGUAUUUACGGUAUAUGCUAAUAGCUGCACCAACACAUGAAGCAGGAAUGUGGCUUUGGACACACCACAUCCACGGCUAGUGUUAACAGGAGGCUCACUGUCAGACCCCUCUGUCUCUGUGUCCUGGCUCACUAUAAGACCCCUCUGUCUCUGUGUCCUGGCUCACUAUCAGACCCCUCUGUGUCCUGGCUCACUGUCAGACCCUUCUGUCUCUGUGUCCUGGCUCACUAUCAGACCCCUCUGUCUCUGUGUCCUGGCUCACUAUCAGACCCCUCUGUCUCUGUGUCCUGGCUCACUAUCAGACCCCUCUGUCUCUGUGUCCUGGCUCACUAUAAGACCCCUCUGUCUCUGUGUCCUGGCUCACUAUAAGACCCCUCUGUCUCUGUGUCCUGGCUCACUAUAAGACCCCUCUGUCUCUGUGUCCUGGCUCACUAUAAGACCCCUCUGUCUCUGUGUCCUGGCUCACUAUAAGACCCCUCUGUCUCUGUGUCCUGGCUCACUAUAAGACCCCUCUGUCUCUGUGUCCUGGCUCACUAUAAGACCCCUCUGUCUCUGUGUCCUAGCUCACUAUAAGACCCCUCUGUCUCUGUGUCCUGGCUCACUAUAAGACCCCUCUGUCUCUGUGUCCUGGCUCACUAUAAGACCCCUCUGUCUCUGUGUCCUGGCUCACUAUAAGACCCCUCUGUCUCUGUGUCCUGGCUCACUAUCAGCUCUUCUUCUCCCUUGUCAAGUUCUGCCGACUCAUGAGAGAGACCCGUCUUGUUCUGAUGCUAAUUUAGUCCUGAUCUUUCAGUUUUUAUCUAUUAUUAACUACUACUUUAUUGGCUAUCUAUCGUCCAGACUUGUCUUUGUUUUGAAUCACUAAUCUCUUGGCCCUACCCAGGUUCUGUCUGGACGAGCAGGGCCACAAGGCCUUGGACCGGGACCAGGGCUUCGUCCGGCUGCAGUCUCGUCUGAUUCGCUACGAGACCCAGACAACCUGCUCCAAGGAGCCUUGUCCCGUCCCCUUUGCCUUAAGCCCUGCCCCCUCGCCGGCCGUGCUGUCUGAACCAGGAAGUGUCCCGGACGGAGAGGCCCUCCUUAACUCUGACCUGCCCAGGAUCAAGAGACGAUCAAGGGAUACAGACGCCAUCCACCCCAAUAAGAGGUUAGUGAGGUUUGUAUGAUACUCUGUAGCUCAGUUGGUAGAGCAUGGCUCUUGCAACGCCAGGAUAGUGGGUUUGAUUCCCAGGGCCACCUAUACAUAAAAAAUGCAUGCACGCAUGACUGUGAGUCACUUUGGAUAAAAGCAUCCGCUAAAUGGCAUAUUAGGAGCAUCGUGUUCUAUAUAGGCAAAGGUUACGUACAUACAACCUGUGGUUUAGAGCAGGUGCUAGAGGUCAACCAAUAUAUUCAACAGAAGAUUUUUGCACACUGUUUUAAGCUCCCAUUUUUGUUAUUGAAACAAUGUUUCCAGCCUUAGGUUACCAAAGGUGGAACUAGGCUUGAAACGUUGUAACAAUAAACUUCAUAGGGGAAUAGAUUACAGUGUGAUAGUCUUCUACUACUAGGUUGAAUUGGCCACCCACUAUCUCUACUCAUGUUACAUUUCACCUUGGGAUGUUUGCAGGCUCAGUAUAUUUGUUCAUCAAAUCCCAGAGUUUACACACAGAUAGAACAAUGAGACAGAUAUUUCACCGGAUGUAAUAAUGUGAAGCAUCUGCUUGGCUUUUCCACUUACUAUCAAAUAUGGUAGCGAGAGGAAGCCCAGUGGCCGGCAGUGGGAGAAGAUGGGGACGAGAUGGAUUUCAGCCGACAUUCUGUACAUUUUAUCAUCGAUGAAACAUUUAAUCUAAAUACAGUUUUCUGUUCCCAAAACUAGAAUCUGUAACGAACAGAGUGGACUAAGUUUUGUAGACUUUACCCUUUGCCAAAGUUUUUUUUAAUUGUGUUGUUUAGAAAGAGUGCAAAGGCGAAUUGAGUUAUUGCACACGCGCACUUCACAAAGUAGGCGUUCCCUAAUGGAAAUAUGUAAAUGUGUGCUAGAAACGAGGCAAUAGAAUUUCGCUAGCUCGUGCUUGGCUCUGCCCACCUCCUUGCUUGUUCUGCCCACUAUGACUAAUUUGUUCCCAUUUGAAACGACGGGCUGUGGUCUAUCUUGGUUUAGUUAUAAAAGUAUUUGGUUUACAUGUGGUUUGACUGGACUCCAGUCUGUUCACUAGCGAUAAUAGAGUCUGUCAGUCACUUCCCUCUGUAGCUGCUCCUUUCUCUUAUCUGUUCCCUUUGAUCAGAAACAAAAGGAAUGAUCUGUUCCCUUUGAUCAGAAACAACAGGAUGUAUCUGUUCCCUUUGAUCAGAAACAACAGGAUGUAUCCGUUCCCUUUGAUCAGAAACAACAGGAUUUCUCUGUUCCCUUUGAUCAGAAACAACCAAGUUUCUAUGUUCCCUUUGAUCAGAAACAACAGGAUUUCUCUGUUCCCUUUGAUCAGAAACAAAAUGAUUUAUCUGUUCCCUUUGAUCAGAAACAACUGGAUUUCUCUGUUCGCUUUGAUCAGAAACAACCUGGAUUUCUCUGCUCCCUGUGAUCAGAAACAACAGGAUUUAUCCGCUCCCUUUGAUCAGAAACAACAGGAUUUAUCCGCUCCCUUUGAUCAGAAACAACUGGAUUUCUCUGUUCCCUUUGAUCAGAAACAACAGGAUUUCUCUUUUCCCUUUGAUCAGAAACUACAGGAUUUCUCUGUUCCCUUUGAUCAGAAACAACAGGAUUUCUCUGUUCCCUUUGAUCAGAAACAACAGGAUGUAUCUGUUCCCUUUGAUCAGAAACAACCAAGUUUCUCUGUUCCCUUUGAUCAGAAACAACAGGAUUUCUCUGUUCCCUUUGAUCAGAAACAACUGGAUUUCUCAGUUCGCUUUGAUCAGAAACAACUGGAUUUCUCUGUUCCCUUUGAUCAGAAACAAAAUGAUUGAUAUGUUCCCUUUGAUCAGAAACAACAGGAUUUAUCUGUUCCCUUUGAUCAGAAACAACAGGAUUUAUCUGUUCCCUUUAAUCAGAAACAACAGGAUUUAUCUGUUCCAUUUGAUCAGAAACAACAGGAUUUAUCUGUUCCCUUUGAUCAGAAACAACAGGAUUGAUCUGAUCCCUUUGAUCAGAAACAACAGGAUUGAUCUGAUCCCUUUGAUCAGAAACAACAGGAUUUCUCUGUUCCCUUUGAUCAGAAACAACAGGAUUUCUCUGUUCCCUUUGAUCAGAAACAACAGGAUUUAUCUGUUCCAUUUGAUCAGAAACAACUGGAUUGAUCUGUUCCCUUUGAUCAGAAACAACAGGAUUGAUCUGAUCCCUUUGAUCAGAAACAACAGGAUUUCUCUGUUCCCUUUGAUCAGAAACAACAGGAUUUCUCUGUUCCCUUUGAUCAGAAACAAAAUUAUUUAUCUGUUCCCUUUGAUCAGAAACAACAGGAUUUAUCUGUUCCCUUUGAUCAGAAACAAAAGGAUUGAUCUGUUCCCUUUGAUCAGAAACAACUGGAUUUCUCAGUUCGCUUUGAUCAGAAACAACCCAGAUUUCUCCGCUCCCUUUGAUCAGAAACAACAGGAUUUAUCUGUUCCCUUUGAUCAGAAACAAAAGGAAUUAUCUAUUCCCUUUGAUCAGAAACAACAGGAUUUCUCUGUUCCCUUUUAUCAGAAACAACAGGAUUUAUCUGUUCCCUUUGAUCAGAAACAACAGGAUUUAUCAGUUCCCUUUGAUCAGAAACAACUGGAUUUCUCUGUUCCCUUUGAUCAGAAAAAAAAGGAUUUAUAUGUUCCCUUUGAUCAGAAACAACAGGAUGUAUCUGUUCCCUUUGAUCAGAAACAACAGGAUUUCUCCGUUCCCUUUGAUCAGAAACAACAGGCUUUCUCUUUUCCCUUUGAUCAGAAACAACAGGAUUUAUCUGUUCCCUUUGAUCAGAAACAACAGGAUUUAUCCGUUCCCUUUGAUCAGAAACAACAGGAUUUCUCUGUUCCCUUUGAUCAGAAACAACAGGAUUUCUCUGUUCCCUUUUGAUCAGAAACUACAGGAUUUCUCUGUUCCCUUUGAUCAGAAACAACUGGAUUUCUCUGUUCCCUUUGAUCAGAAACAACUGGAUUUCUCUGUUCCCUUUGAUCAGAAACAACAGGAUUUCUCUGUUCCCUUUGAUCAGAAACAACAGGAUUUCUCUUAUUUUUCUUUCUAGGUCAUCAGUGUUUUAUCUUGGUUGUUGUUAACAUGUCCCCUGUGUUAUCGCCAGUCAUUCAGUCAUGUUCAUCUAUAGUUCAGUCAUACUGACAUCUUAACAAGACAACUAGUCCCUAGAGAGUGGCUGUCAGAUCUGAGGAAGGGAGAUCAGGAUUAUUUAUGUAGCUCCUCCUCAGCAUUUUAGAACAUCAAUAGUUAACAUCAAGAGGGUUCAGCUGAAAUGGGUUCGCCUAAAGUGGACAGUGUUGGUGAGUUAUAUGAUAGUAGUAGAAAAUGCUGUUCCAGUUCUGAGGUAUUCACUCUGUCUGAAGAGUACAGAUCACUUUUCACCUUGAAAACUUCAAACAAACAAACACACACACACACAGGGAGAGAGGAGGGGGAAAGAUUGUUCCCAUCUGCAGUUAUUCUUCUUUACGGACUGUUAAUAGUUUACUGUGACUCUGCAGCACAUUCCAUUGCUGACUCUUAAUGCAUAUAGAUACAGGGUUAAUCCCAAAUGGCACCCUAUUCCCUAUAUAGUGCACUACUUUUGAACAGGGCCUACAGGGUAGAAGUAGUGCACUAAAUUGGGAAUAGGGUGCCUGCCAUUUGGGAGGCAGAAGCCGUAUAGUCCGUGGUCAGCAUAUUGUCUUUCAAAGUGGAACUGAAUGGUAUUAUUCACACAUUGAUACCCUUUAUAUGUAGUUGUUUUAUGUGACACCCAUUAGUUACUGUGAAAUGAGAUAUUGGUCUGCUGAGGAUGGUUUUUAUUGCUGUGGCGACGUGACCAGCAGAUAGAAAUGAUGGUUUUAUUACUCAGGUGAUGUGACCAGCAGAUAGAAAUGAUGGUUUUAUUACUCAGGUGAUGUGACCAGCAGAUAGAAAUGAUGGUUUUAUUACUUAGGUGAUGUGACCAGCAGAUAGAAAUAUUGAUGGUUUUAUUACUCAGGUGAUGUGACCAGCAGAUAGAAAUAUUGAUGGUUUUAUUACUCAGGUGAUGUGACCAGCAGAUAGAAAUGAUGGAUUUAUUACUCAGGUGAUGUGACCAGCAGAUAGAAAUGAUGGAUUUAUUACUCAGGUGAUGUGACCAGCAGAUAGAAAUGAUGGUUUUAUUACUCAGGUGAUGUGACCAGCAGAUAGAAAUGAUGGUUUUAUUACUUAGGUGAUGUGACCAGCAGAUAGAAAUAUUGAUGGUUUUAUUACUCAGGUGAUGUGACCAGCAGAUAGAAUUGAUGUUUCCAUAAUGAAUAUCAAAUGAUAUAGCCUCAUAGCCUUAAUGAUGUAAUAUAAUGCCAGAAAGCAACAGGAUGAUGCCUCUCUAAAUUACUUUCUAGAUUCAUAUUUUUUAGGAGUUGGCUACUGUAUAAUUACAUAGAGAAUAAAUAUGUUGUCUGUUGCCAUGGAAUUGAACCUUAAUUGAUUAUGGUGACAGCUGAGGUCAUUAGGAGUAGAUUCACAGUAGUCUUUCUGGCAGAGAUAGUGACACCACUCUGUAAAAAAUUAUUGUCUGUCUGUAUUGUCCAGGCUGGCCAAGUCAGAGAGCAGUGAGUCCCUGGGCUCUGGUAGCAGUGGUACUGAUACCCACCCUGCUGUGAGAGCCUUGAGACUGCAGAAUACCAGGUCUCAGUCCACCUCCUCUGUCUCAGCCCUGAGACUGGCUCCCCUUGGCCCCCAGGGGCCCGAGAAGCACCACCCUGACCCCCCACAGAGCCACAGAGCCCCCCAGGCCCAGGGACACGGGCAGGGACAGGCAGAGGACAAGGCCAACAAGGAGUCUCGCUCCCAGAAACAUGUCCGGGUAAGAGGCCAUACUGGCUGAUGAUGGCUUAUUGUAUCUGUUGGGGAAAUAUUUCUGUGUUGUACAGCAUGUAGAUAUUCACAUAGAUAGACACAGAGUAUUUAUCUCUAUAGACAGACACACAUCUAAAUUUAUAGUCUUCCAUUAGGUUAUGCUGUGCUAAAUUGCCAUAUCAUAGCCCCCCACUAGGUAACUACGACAUGAUGACGCUGCACCAGAUCUUUAACGACAACUGUACAUUCCUUUCUGUCCUACCAUUCUCCACAAUGUUAAGCUCCGUGAGAUAAGAGUUUCAGUUUCAAGGAACAAGACCUUGAGCUGUUCUGAUUACUAUGCAAACCCGAGUUUAUCAACCACAAGAAGAACGACGUGACCCCAUUGAGAAAAAUACAGGUUUAUUUAGAGCAGGGAUGGGCGACUGGCGUCCCCCCUUUUCUAGGCCCGAGGAUACAUUUUCAAAGACAAAAUAAACUCAGUCGGGGUCACAACUUAAUGAUCCGAGUUAGAAUAGUAAUUUCAAAAUGUGGUUGUGCAUCAUUGGUUUUUCUCUUGUUAUGUCACUCAAUUAGCUCAUGUCAGAUAACAUGUUUGAGAUUGGUAAGUUAGUCUAGCAGCCAGCUAUCUAAACUUCUAGUAAACACGGUCGACUUACCGACCGGGGGGCCCCCAUUGAUUUUGUUAGUCACUCUCACUCUAAUAUCAUAUUAAAAACUGCAAACAUUUCUCUCCGCCCCAUGGAAAAAUGUGUAUAUUUGCAGGAAAUUAAACUUCAUUUUCUGUCUGCUGUCGGGGGGGGGGGGGGGGGGGGGGGUUGCUAAAUCGUUUUGCUUCAAGGUGGGGGUAUGGAUAUGGAUGUGGGUACACAGACCCGCGAGCCACUGCGGCCCCCCGUGAUAAGUUCAGAUUUUUUGUGGCCCCCACCCCCAUCAAAGUUGCCCAUCCCUGAUUUAGAGAAAUGUCAGUGAUUCCCAUUGAUACACACACACACGCAGAGUGUUUUCUGUCAUUUCUGUUCUAGAUGCUGAAAGAGGUUGUGGCGAAGACGCUGAAGCAUCAUGGGAUCACCAGAGAACAUAAGUGCCUUGCCGCCUGCAGUCAAAGACUGUUUGAAAUCUCCAAAUUCUAUCUGAAGGUCUGUCUCCUGUUCCCUUUCUUUGAAUUUGACAUUUAGCACCAACAGUGAGUUAACGUGAAAACUUCAAGUCCCUUGGCCCCUCUUUGAAAAAGUUUUCAAUGAUAGAAUGACAACUAAGACUGUGUUAGAUAGAUAGGAUUGUUUUGUAUUGCCUAGAGAGAUAAGCUGGCUGUCUGUCCUGCCUAUAGCAGCUGACUGUAACGUCAUCACCCCAGAGACUAUAGAGAAAGAUGAGCACACUUGAAUUGAAGUACAUAAUAACCUCACUGAGAGAUGUACACUGCUCAAAAAAAUAAAGGGAACACUUAAACAACACAAUGUAACUCCAAGUCAAUCACACUUCUGUGAAAUAAACUGUCCACUUAGGAAGCAACACUGAUUGACAAUACAUUUCACAUGCUGUUGUGCAAAUGGAAUAGACAACAGGUGGAAAUUAUAGGCAAUUAGCAAGACACCCCCAAUAAAGGACUGGUUUUGCAGGUGGUGACCACAGACCACUUCUCAGUUCCUAUGCUUCCUGGCGGAUGUUUUGGUCACUUUUGAAUGCUGGCGGUGCUUUCACUCUAGUGGUAGCAUGAGACAGAGUCUACAACCCACACAAGUGGCUCAGGUAGUGCAGCUCAUCCAGGAAGGCACAUCAAUGCGAGCUGUGGCAAGAAGGUUUGCUGUGUCUGUCAGCGUAGUGUCCAGAGCAUGGAGGCGCUACCAGGAGACAGGCCAGUACAUCAGGAGACGUGGAGGAGGCCGUAGGAGGGCAACAACCCAGCAGCAGGACUGCUACCCUCCACCUUUGUGCAAGGAGGAGCAGGAGGAGCACUGCCAGAGCCCUGCAAAAUGACCUCCAGCAGGCCACAAAUGUGCAUGUGUCUGCUCAAACGGUCAGAAACAGACUCCAUGAGGGUGGUAUGAGGGCCCGACGUCCACAGGUGGGGGUUGUGCUUACAGCCCAACACCGUGCAGGACGUUUGGCAUUUGCCAGAGAACACCAAGAUUGGCAAAUUCGCCACUGGCGCCCUGUGCUCUUCACAGAUGAAAGCAGGUUCACACUGAGCACAUGUGACAGAGUCUGGAGACGCCGUGGAGAACGUUCUGCUGCCUGCAACAUCCUCCAGCAUGACCGGUUUGGCGGUGGGUCAGUCAUGGUGUGGGGUGGCAUUUCUUUGGGGGGCCGCACAGCCCUCCAUGUGCUCGCCAGAGGUAGCCUGACUGCCAUUAGGUACCGAGAUGAGAUCCUCAGACCACUUGUGAGACCAUAUGCUGGUGCGGUUGGCCCUGGGUUCCUCCUAAUGCAAGACAAUGCUAGACCUCAUGUGGCUGGAGUGUGUCAGCAGUUCCUGCAAGAGGAAGGCAUUGAUGCUAUGGACUGGCCCGCCCGUUCCCCAGACCUGAAUCCAAUUGAGCACAUCUGGGACAUCAUGUCUCGCUCCAUCCACCAACGCCACGUUGCACCACAGACUGUCCAGGAGUUGGCGGAUGCUUUAGUCCAGGUCUAGGAGGAGAUCCCUCAGGAGACCAUCCGCCACCUCAUCAGGAGCAUGCCCAGGCGUUGUAGGGAGGUCAUACAGGCACGUGGAGGCCACACACACUACUGAGCCUCAUUUUGACUUGUUUUAAGGACAUUACAUCAAACGAUGACUGAUGUUGAACUGUCAUUUCAGGCUUGCAAAUCCUGUGUUCCUGCGUUGGAUCCGCCUGUAGUGUGGUUUUCCACUUUAAUUUUGAGGGUGACUCCAAAUCCAGACCUCCAUGGGUUGAUACAUUUGAUUCCCAUUGAUAAUUUUUGUGUGAUUUUGUUGUCAGCACAUUCAACUGUGUAAAGAAAAAACUAUUUAAUAAGAUGAUUUCAUUCAUUCAGAUCUAGGAUGUGUUAUUUUAGUGUUCCCUUAAUUUUUUUGAGCAGUGUAUAACCAACCUACUCUCAGAGCAUGUCAGUUACAGAGACACGCGUGUCACAAUGUAUUCCUUUUCUCCAAAAGGAUCUGAAAACGUCCAGGGGUCUUCAUGAGGAAAUGAAGAAAGCAGCCAGCAGCAAUGCCAAGCAGGUAACCUGUCAACCGUUUAUUACAUAUUUUACCCUCCCCUUACCAAGGCAUGCUUUCAAUCAUGUUCUUCAGAAGUCAAGGGGUAUUCAGGUAGAAAUUGUUCAUGAAGAGUUAGGAAAUUGUAUGGCUUCCAGCUUUUAAACAGACCCAUAUGUUUUUAUUUAUUAUCUUGCAGGUCAUUGACUGGGUUACCGAGAGGGCCUCUAAGUGAAGAGGGAAGUUGAAGAAUCACUAGUGGUUUCAGACUGGUUUUACAGUCACAGCAAACAGCAAGCAUCACUGGAAUGUAGUUUCACCAGGGAAACAUCUGUCAGGAUGUGAAAGUGGGAUUAGCAUUUUUCUUUAUCUUUUAAGAACAUCAUUGACUGUCAGUUCUAGGGCAGCCUUUCAUAGUAAUUACAUUGUUUAUUUUUAAUGAGUUCUCUUUUAUGUUGUUUUAAUAGGAAGUUCCAAGAACUGGGAGGUUUGUCUUUUAGAUGUGUUUACAUGGUUUAUUUAACCUGUGUGUAUGUCUCUGUUUGUAGUAAAGUAUUGGUAGAAAUGUAGAUAUCUGUAUUUCUUUUAGUUGUGCCAUAGAUUUUAUGGAACAUAAUAAAAUGGGUUUUGUGAUCUUGUGAGCAUACUACAACUGUUCUGUGCAGCACAACAUUUUCUGUAAGAACACUGUCAGUUUCUAUUGACUUAACAUUUAGUCUAUCUAGGUUCACAGUAGGAACAAAUGCAAAGCCAACAGAGAAUGUCACUUUGUCUCACAUACAGUGGGGAGAACAAGUAUUUGAUACACUGCCGAUUUUGCAGGUUUUCCUACUUACAAAGCAUGUAGAGGUCUGUAAUUUUUAUCAUAGGUACACUUCAACUGUGAGAGAUGGAAUCUAAAACAAAAAUCCAGAAAAUCACACUGUAUGAUUUUUAAGUAAUUAAUUAGCAUUUUAUUGCAUGACAUAAGUAUUUGAUACAUCAGAAAAGUAGAACUUAAUAUUUGGUACAGAAACCUUUGUUUGCAAUUACAGAGAUCAUACGUUUCCUGUAGGUCUUGACCAGGUUUGCACACACUGCAGCAGGGAUUUUGGCCCACUCCUCCAUACAGACCUUCUCCAGAUCCUUCAGGUUUCGGGGCUGUCGCUGGGCAAUACGGACUUUCAGCUCCCUCCAAAGAUGUUCUAUUGGGUUCAGGUCUGGAGACUGGCUAGGGCACUCCAGGACCUUGAGAUGCUUCUUACGGAGCCACUCCUAAGUUGCCCUGGCUGUGUGUUUCGGGUCGAUGUCAUGCUGGAAGACCCAGCCACGACCCAUCUUCAAUGCUCUUACUGAGGGAAGGAGGUUGUUGGCCAAGAUCUCGCGAUACAUGGCCCCAUCCAUCCUCCCCUCAAUACGGUGCAGUCGUCCUGUCCCCUUUGCAGAAAAGCAUCCCCAAAGAAUGAUGUUUCCACCUCCAUGCUUCACGGUUGGGAUGGUGUUCUUGGGGUUGUACUCAUCCUUCUUUUUCCUCCAAACACGGCGAGUGGAGUUUGGACCAAAAAGCUCUAUUUUUGUCUCAUCAGACCACAUGACCUUCUCCCAUUCCUCCUCUGGAUCAUCCAGAUGGUCAUUGGCAAACUUCAGACGGGCCUGGACAUGCGCUGGCUUGAGCAGGGGGACCUUGCGUGCGCUGCAGGAUUUUAGUCCAUGGCGGCAUGGUGUGUUACUAAUGGUUUUCUUUGAGACUGUGGUCCCAGCUCUCUUCAGGUCAUUGACCAGGUCCUGCCGUGUAGUUCUGGGCUGAUCCUUCACCUUCCUCAUGAUCAUUGAUGCCCCAUGAGGUGAGAUCUUGCAUGGAGCCCCAGACCGAUGGUGAUUGACCGUCAUCUUGAACUUCUUCUAUUUUCUAAUAAUUGUGCCAACAGUUGUUGCCUUCUCACCAAGCUGCUUGCCUAUUGUCCUGUAGCCCAUCCCAGCCUUGUGCAGGUCUACAAUUUUAUCCCUGAUGUCCUUACACAGCUCUCUGGUCUUGGCCAUUGUGGAGAGGUUGGAGUCUGUUUGAUUGAGUGUGUGGACAGGUGUCUUUUAUACAGGUAACGAGUUCAAACAGGUGCAGUUAAUACAGGUAAUGAGUGGAGAACAGGCGGGCUUCUUAAAGAAAAACUAACAUGUCUGUGAGAGCCGGAAUUCUUACUGGUUGGUAGGUGAUCAAAUACUUAUGUCAUGCAAUAUAAUGCAAAUUAAUUACUUAAAAAUCAUACAAUGGGAUUUUCUGGAUUUUGGUUUUAGAUUCCGUCUCUCGCAGUUGAAGUGUACCUAUGAUAAAAAUUACAGACCUCUACAUGCUUUGUAAGUAGGAAAACCUGCAAAAUCGGCAGUGUAUCAAAUACUUGUUCUCCCCACUGUAUAUGAACAAAACAAUGCUUUCAAAAUCAGAACUGUACCCCCUCAGUCCUCACUACUCUAUACCCCCCCUCAGUCCUCACUAUUCUAUACCCCACCUCAGUCCUCACUAUUCUAUACCCCCCCAGUCCUCACUACUCUAUACCCCCCCCCCCUCAGUCCUCAAUACUCUAUAACCCCCCCCCCCCUCAGUCCUCACUACUCUAUACCCCCCCUCAGUCCUCACUACUCUAUACCCCCUGUCCUCACUACUCUAUACCACCCCCCCUAAGUCCUCAUUACUCUAUACCCCCCCCCCCCCAGCCUUCACUACUCUAUACCAUCCCCCCCUAAGUCCUCAUUACUCUAUACCACCCCCCCUCAGCCCUCACUACUCUAUACCACCCCCCCUCAGUCCUCACUACUCUAUACCACUCCCCCCUCAGUCCUCACUACUCUAUACCACUCCCCCCUCAGUCCUCACUACUCUAUACCCACCCUCAGUCCUCAUUACUCUAUACCACCCCCCCAGCCCUCACUACUCUAUACCCCCCCCCCUCAGUCCUCAUUACUCUAUACCACACCCCUAAGUCCUCAUUACUCUAUACCACCCCCCCUCAGCCCUCACUACUCUAUACCACCCCCCCCUCAGCCCUCACUACUCUAUACCACCCCACCCUCAGUCCUCACUACUCUAUAACCACCCCCCCCAGUCCUCACUACUCUAUACCCCCCUCAGUCCUCACUACUCUAUACCCCCCCUCAGCCCUCACUACUCUAUACCACCCCCCCUCAGUCCUCACUACUCUAUACCACUCCCCCCUCAGUCCUCACUACUCUAUACCACUCCCCCCUCAGUCCUCACUACUCUAUACCCACCCUCAGUCCUCAUUACUCUAUACCACCACCCAGCCCUCACUACUCUAUACCCCCCCCCUCAGUCCUCAUUACUCUAUACCACCCCCCUAAGUCCUCAUUACUCUAUACCACCCCCCCUCAGCCCUCACUACUCUAUACCACCCCCCCUCAGCCCUCACUACUCUAUACCACCCCACCCUCAGUCCUCACUACUCUAUACCACCCCCCCCCAGUCCUCACUACUCUAUACCCCCCUCAGUCCUCACUACUCUAUACCCCCCCUCAGUCCUCACUACUCUAUACCACCCCCCCCCCCCCCCCCCCCCCAGUCUUCAUUACUCCAUACCAUCCCCCCAGUCCUCAUUACUCUAUACCAGGCUGCGUGGGUAAUGAAGAGUAGAGAGGACAGGGUGGAUCGAGAGGUGGUUCUGAGAGGUGAAUUGUGAGAGGAGGCACUGACUUGGCAGCGGUCUCCAGCAGUACAUUCCUGUCCCACAGGACUGUUGUUCUCUCUCCCUCUCUCUCCCCUGGCCCAGAGCAUGAAAGGGGUGAUGGAAACUGAACUGCGGGUCGAGACUCUCCACUCUCCCCUGGCCCAGAGCAUGAAAGGGAUGAUGGGAACUGAACGGGGGGUCAAGCCUCUCCUCUGGUUCGCAACCUUGGGACCUGAUACAUUCUGA